AUGGAAGUGUUUCAACGAAUAAUGAUGAAACGCUUAGAUGAACAUUCUUAUAAACGAACUGCCAAACGCUUGGUAUUUGAUGAUAGUUCGAGUGAUGCCAGUUUCAGUGAUAAGCAAGUGAUUACUAAUUGCGGUUCAUUUUACGAUAUAGUGAAUAGCAGAACAGCUUGGGCAAGUAAUGAAUCGACUGGUAACACUACAGUUAAUAUACCUUUUUCAGCAGCAGAAAGCUUAAAUAAUAUUCCACCAAAUUCAAUGUAUCAAAGUGAACCCAUUUCUACCAUCACCACAACUGCUAUUAAAGAUGAUCUUAGUCGUGCCGAUAAGUUAUUACGAAACGUUGCAGUGAGUAUACGAAAAAGAUUAUUGGGUACAAAGCCAUUAGUUAACAGUGAAAAGAGUGUCUGUAAAGUAAACGAAUAUACUACUAGCAGUCAUUAUAACGAAACGUAUGACAGUCAGAAAAUUGCUUCAAAAUUCGAAGGGAAACAAGAAAAACAAUUGGGAGCGAAACGAACUAAAAAGAUGAUUGAUUUUGUUGAUGUAUGUACAAUUGGUCGUAGGCAUCGUAAUGAGCAUCGAAAACUUCUUAACGAAGAUUUUGACGACAGUUGGUGA